AUGAUAGUGCGUGAACGAUGGUCAUGGCGUACUACGUACUAUCCCGUAGCCUCACGUUGUACUUCUGCUAUCAUUGCAGCACAAACCCCGAUGAUUGGUGACAGUAGUCCUGUCUCUUGUAUAUCUGGUGCUGCUUGUGGUUCUCAUUGGAGUACUGGUGGUGCGACAAUGAACACACGUACAUGGUGUACUGAUUUUAAUACUGCUCUCAAUACAAUGUCUGGUGAAUACUAUGGUUAUUUUCCAAUACCGAUCAAUUCUGCGUUCAGUGUUCGUUUCUCUAGUAACGCUUGGCUUAAUGCAUUAGGUGCAGGAACUGGAACUUUAUCGUGGAGUGUUGUUAGUCGAAUUAGUACAAUUCUUCGACCGGAUGGUUAUUUAAAUACAAGUCCUGUUGCUGUUUCACUUCCAAUUAUCUACAAACAAACAAAUAUUCUACAUACACAUGUUGUUCAAAUGUCUGAUUUUGAUGGAACUGAUAUAUUAAUAUUUCGUUGGUCAACUUCAGCAGGAAAUGUG